GCCGGACUCCGCUGAUGAUGGUCAGAAUGCUGCUUCUGGCAAGGUGUUCUCGGCGAAAGCCUUGAAACGCAUGAAAGCCAAAUUACGCAAGCAGACCGAAGCGAGUGUCUUGGCUGCCCAUGGCCUGCCCCUGAAGCCUAACGCUAAGGGUGGAAGUGGCCAGAAAGGUGGCGGCAAGACUGGUAGGAACCAGAGCACUCCCUGCAACACUGUGACCAAACCC